GUCUUCAUAGAUUACUGUGUCAUCCGUUUUACAUGCUCGAAUUUUUGAACUGCAUGUCCACUCCGACUGCAUUCGUAUUCAUUCAACUUCAUUGAGCUUCUGGAAGUGCAUGAAUGUUUGUUCCGUUCGGUAACGGUUUCGUGAAACAAUAAUCGGGACUUGAAGCGGAGGUGAAUGUUGUGGAUCUCGCAGGCCAAAUGAGAACAUAACUUGAAGCGGAGCCUAAAUUGUACACGCCCUAGACCACAACAUAAGUUCCGUUUUGACCUCGUUCCACCCCAGGUUUAUCCUCCCACUAACGACCUUCUCCUCUCUCAGUUCCUUUGCAAAUCUUCCAUGUACGUGUCAAUAUCUUGUCUCGUUGCUGGAUGGCGUGUUGGGUAACCUUUCGAAACCGCCAUUCAAGCAAUCGCGGCAAUGCUCUCGCUUCAAUUUUCUGAGGUUAUGGUGACGCGAAUGCUGAUGUGGAUUCCUAUCGUAGAAUGCGUGAAAUCGUCCACCUCCAAACUGGCCAGUGCGGUAACCAAAUCGGUGCCAAAUUCUGGGAGGUCGUCUCUGACGAACACGGCAUUGAUCGUGAUGGAAUGUACAAGGGUACCAAUGACCUCCAGUUGGAGCGUAUCAACGUCUACUACAACGAAGUCGGUGCGAACAAAUACGUGCCCCGUGCGGUCUUGGUCGACCUUGAACCCGGAACCAUGGAUUCCGUUCGCUCUGGUCCUCUCGGCUCCUUGUUCCGCCCAGACAACUUCGUCUUUGGUCAGAGUGGUGCGGGUAACAACUGGGCGAAAGGACACUACACUGAAGGAGCUGAGCUCGUCGAUGCCGUCCUUGACGUUGUUCGUAAAGAGGCUGAGGGAACCGACUGCUUGCAGGGGUUCCAAAUCACCCACUCCCUUGGUGGAGGUACCGGUGCUGGUAUGGGUACUCUUUUGAUCUCGAAGAUUCGCGAGGAGUACCCUGACCGUAUGAUGGCCACCUACUCCGUUGUCCCCAGUCCCAAGGUGUCCGACACCGUGGUUGAGCCUUACAAUGCCACGCUGUCUGUUCACCAACUGGUUGAGAACUCUGACGAGACCUUCUGUAUCGAUAACGAGGCUCUCUAUGACAUCUGCUUCAGGACAUUGAAGCUCUCAACACCAACCUAUGGCGAUCUCAACCACCUGGUGUCGAUUGUCAUGUCUGGUAUCACCACUUGCUUGCGAUUCCCUGGUCAACUUAAUUCCGAUUUGAGGAAGCUGGCUGUCAAUAUGGUUCCCUUCCCCCGUCUUCACUUCUUCAUGACUGGUUUCGCUCCUCUCACUGCCCGGGGCAGCCAGCAAUAUCGCGCUGUCACAGUUCCUGAGCUUACCCAGCAGAUGUUCGACGCCAAGAACAUGAUGGCUGCCUCAGACCCCCGACACGGUCGCUACCUUACUGUUGCCGCCGUCUUCCGUGGCAAGGUCUCCAUGAAGGAGGUGGAGGAGCAGAUGCAAAAUGUUCAGAACAAGAACUCCGCUUACUUCGUCGAGUGGAUUCCCAACAACGUCCUGACUGCUCAGUGUGACAUUCCUCCCAGGGGCUCCAAGAUGGCAGUUACCUUCUUGGGUAAUUCUACUGCUAUUCAGGAACUGUUCAAGCGUGUCAGCGACCAGUUCAGCGCUAUGUUCAAGAGGAAGGCUUUCUUGCAUUGGUACACCCAGGAGGGUAUGGACGAGAUGGAGUUCACUGAGGCCGAAUCUAACAUGCAGGACCUUGUUGCUGAGUACCAGCAAUACCAGGAUGCGACUGUCGAGGAAGAAGGUGAAUACGAGGAGGAGGUUGGUCUCGAGGAGGAGCAGUAGAUUCGCGAUUCUCCCUGCUUUUCCUUUGCACCCUUACGACAAAAUCCCUACUACGUAUUCCCCUUUUAUUGGUCGCUGUCUGUUUUUUUCUUCUUCUACGCAAUGUUUACGUCCUCCCGUUAACGAUACACCACCGGCAACGAAGUUACCCUAGUCUAUUUUUGUUACCAUUGCAUCCUCAUUACUUUGUUCUCAAUUGAUAUCCUCUCGUCGGGUCUACCGGAAUAUCAUACUACUUUUGAGUUAUUCGCUGCCAUGGAUUGGUAUGUUUGUUGAGGUGUC